AUGAAUCCACCUCGUACUGUGCGGUUCAGCGAACAACCAACAGUCAGUCAUUCAGAAGUUCCGCCUUCAAUUCGUCCAUCAUAUUUUCGGCAAACUGCUCUACCAGAAAAGCAUAACGACGCUUUAUACUCACCAUACGAUGUUUUUACCGCAGCAAGUUUGGGCAAUUUCUCCUUUAUCGAGAAACAGCUACAAAAAGUCAUUCUAGAACCUGUUGUUCAGGAACAAUUGAAUAAUGGCUUCUACCCAGACCGUUUAAAUUCCUCAGGAUGGAGCCCUUUAAUGUAUGCUGCCUACCUUGGCCACGGUGCAGUGUGCUCUCUACUUCUCGACCACAACACUUCAAUUGAUAUAACUAACUUCGACGGACAAACAGCGCUAAUGAUGGCCGCUGCAUGCGGCAACUUACAAAUUGUGCAGCUACUUGCCAAUAAAGGAGCAAGCCUAGACAAACAGGAUCUAAGCGGAAACACUGCCUUAUCGCUCGCAUCGUUAUGCUCCCACAAUCAAGUAGUAGAGUUUUUGCUUGAAAGAGGAGCGGACCCAAAUAUUAAAAAUAAGUUAGGUAUGACACCAACACUGAUAGCUUGUACUACGGGACAUGAAGGCACUCUAUUUACCAUAUUACAACAUGGAGGCGACAUUCAUAUAAGAAACGAUAAUGGUGAAGAUGGUAAAACCCUUGUUAAUGACCCUAAAAUUUUGGCAAUUAUAAAAAAUCCUCCUCAGCACUUAAACCUAGAAAACAAAUACUACACUUUGUUUAAAGAAAAUGGAAUUGACUUGGAAGGUUUCCUUAAACUCACGGAAAAAGAACUCAAUGAAAUUGGUGUCAAGACUAUGGAAGAGUUACAAAAAACGCAAAAAGAAUUAGUGACGAAGGAGAAUGAGAAUCGAAAACUAAGUCAGCUAGUGAAGAAGCAAUACGAAGUAAUAAAUGUCAUAAAAAGUUAUUCGGAGAAAAACCAUGAACUGGCUGUGAAGGUACUUGAGGUAUGA